CAAAUUCUCGGCCUUUGCCCAUCGUUCGCCGGUCGUUUCACGCCUUGCAAAACUCAUAAGGACGAUCUCGUUUUAAUCUUCAAGGCGUAAACCCCGAAAAAGUCAAUCGGCUUGAUCGAAGAUCCGAGAGAAUUCUGGGUCAAUGGCAUCUUCUUCGGAUUCAUGGGUGAGAGAGUACAAUGAAGCGUUAAAACUGUCCGAGGAUAUCAAUGGCAUGAUAUCGCAACGGAGUUCGUCGGCUGUAUCGGGGCCUGAAGCUCAACGUCAUGCCUCUGCAAUACGAAGGAAGAUCACGAUACUUGGGACGCGAUUAGACAGUCUGCAAUCCCUUUUAGCUAAGAUUCCGGGGAAGCAACCUAUUUCGGAGAAAGAGAUGAAUCGCCGAAAGGACAUGAUUGGAAAUUUGAGAUCAAAAGCAAAUCAGAUGGCAUCUGCUUUGAACAUGUCCAACUUUGCAAACAGAGACAGCUUGCUUGGGCCAGAAAUUAAGCCAGCCGAUGCCAUGAGCAGAGUUUCUGGCAUGGACAACCAAGGAAUUGUUGGUUUUCAGCGUCAAGUUAUGAGAGAGCAAGAUGAAGGGCUUGAGAAGUUGGAGGAGACAGUCAUGAGUACAAAACACAUUGCAUUGGCUGUUAAUGAGGAGCUGGACCUGCAGACACGGCUUAUCGAUGACUUAGACUACCAUGUGGAUGUUACUGACUCCCGCUUACGGCGAGUGCAGAAGAGCCUCGCCUUCAUGAACAAGCGGAUGAGAGGAGGAUGCUCAUGCAUUUCCAUGCUCUUAUCGGUUAUUGGGAUUGUGGUUCUGGUCGUUGUGAUUUGGCUGCUGGUUAAAUACUUGUAAUGGCAACAAGGAAAAAACAUAUGGGCUUCCUCUUGUUCUCGUGGUUCUAUCCAUAUUCCUCUCCUUGUGUUUGUGCUCUCUCCUGUUUUCCUUGUGAUUCCCUCUUCUGUGAGACCAAUUAUGUAGCGUGCAAGAACACUCAAAAAAGUAUAUAUAAUGUGUAAUGGUUUUCACAUC